AUGGCUCAAACUUCGGACUUCACCAAUGCAAGCCAACUCUUUACCCCAGAAGACGUCUCAAAACAUAAUACUUCUGAUAAUCUCUGGACUAUCAUUAAUAAUGAGAUAUACGACUUGACCACCUUUCAGAAAGAGCAUCCAGGCGGAGCAAAAAUCCUGCAAGCCGUCGCAGGAAAGGAUGGAACAAAAAAGUUCCGCAAAUACCAUCGAGAGGCAUUAUUGGUGAAAUAUAGAGGAACACUACGAGUAGGUGACCUCGUCAGCCAGCCAAAGGGUCGGAAAUGGCUUUUCUUUAAAGCUUCAACCAAAUAG